AGGCGAGAGGCGUGCGAGGAGGCUACGGGCUGGGGUCCUGGCUGGAGUCCGGGAGCUUCUGGUUCUUUGGGGCGUUGGGUUCGCGAGCGAAAUUGGCUUGCGGGACAGAGGACUGUGGAGACAGUGUAGGAAGUUGUAGGGGUUUUUGCGUUUCUUUUUUUUUCAAGGGGAGAAAGUGUAAAGGAGGAGAAUGCACAGAUGACUAGUUACACUGUCAAUUGGGGCGUUUCUGAGGCAAACAGCAGAAUCAUGACUUUUUCUUCUCCCUUCACGUGCUCCAUUGGGUUAACCUUGUUGUUGAAUCCUCAGCUUUGAAAUCGGCUAGUGGGUUUGGCAGAAAUUGGCACCCCAAUUCGGGGCAGGGUGGGGAGAGUUUGCUUCGGUCCAAGGGCAUUCUAAAUAAGAACACGCAACUCAGUCACGGCCUAAGAUGGAACUUCUGAAGACCUGCGUGCUUAAAAGAAAUGCAUGCGCUGUGUCUUGCUUCUGGAGAAGCCCUGUUAUACGAGAGCCUUCCCUUAGGAAGAUUAGUACAACCUCUCCAAGGAGCACUGUCAUGCCCGCUUGGGUGAUCGAUAAGUAUGGGAAGAAUGAAGUACUUCGGUUUACGGAGAACAUGAUGAUACCUUUCAUACACUAUCCAAAUGAAGUCAUUAUCAAAGUUCACGCUGCGAGUGUGAAUCCCAUAGAUGUUAAUAUGAGAAGUGGCUAUGGAGCUACAGCUUUAAAUAUGAAACGUGAUCCUUUACACAUUAAAACCAAAGGAGAAGAAUUUCCCCUGACCCUAGGUCGGGAUGUGUCUGGUGUAGUAAUGGAAUGUGGACUUGAUGUGAAGUAUUUCAAACCUGGAGAUGAGGUCUGGGCCGCGGUGCCUCCCUGGAAACAAGGCACCCUCUCAGAGUUUGUUGUCGUCAGUGGGAAUGAGGUCUCCUUCAAGCCCAGAUCACUCACCCACACUCAAGCUGCAUCUUUGCCAUAUGUUGCUCUCACAGCCUGGUCUGCCAUCAACAAAAUUGGUGGCCUGGAUGACAAGAAUUGCUCUGGAAAACGUAUUUUAAUCUUGGGGGCUUCCGGAGGAGUUGGUACCUUUGCUAUUCAGGUACUGAAAGCAUGGAAGGCUCACGUGACAGCAGUUUGCUCUCAGGACGCCAGCGAACUUGUAAGGAAGCUUGGGGCAGAUGAUGUAAUUGACUACAGAUCCGGAAAUAUGGAAGAACAGUUGAGCUCUUUAGAACCGUUUGAUUUCAUCCUCGAUAAUGUUGGUGGGUCCACCGAGACAUGGGCUCUAAAGUUUCUCAAGAAAUGGUCAGGAGCCACAUAUGUGACGCUGGUGACUCCUUUCCUCCUGAACAUGGACCGACUGGGCAUAGCGGACGGCAUGCUGCAGACAGGAGUCACCAUGGGCUCGAAGGCAUUAAAGCAUUUCUGCCAAGGAGUCCAUUAUCGCUGGGCCUUUUUCAUGGCCAGUGGACCAUAUCUCGAUGACAUCGCGAAGCUCGUGGAUGAGGGGAAGAUCAAGCCGGUUAUCGAGAAAACCUUUCCUUUUUCUCAAGUUCCAGAAGCCUUCCUGAAGGUGGAGAGAGGCCACGCGCGCGGGAAGACGGUGAUUAAUGUUGUGUGAAUAAAUGCUUGGUGGUUGGCAAGUACUCUGUAGAUGCAGACUUCUUACCUGGGCUCGCCCUUUCCGGAUUAGCCCGUAAAUCCCACAAUAUAAAUGUAAACAAAUGCGGUUUUUUGCCAUCACCUCCUGUCUUCCAAAUGGGGCAGAUAGGGUUGCAUGGCCACACGCCACCCCAGCUCUUCCUCGGGCCCUGCCCAGUGAGCUGCUUCAUUCCCGCUGGCCACCAGGAUGGUGGGGGGGGACAAAGGGCUGAGAGACAGCACAGUCAUUCCAACUAGCUCCACGUGAGCGAGUGCAUAAAGUCAAGGAGAACGGCAUCUUCCAUCUUCGAAGCUCUUCUUUCAUACCAUGUUGGACAGCGGCCAUGGCUCCUUCUCAGGUAGCUCAAACUAUUUAUUCUUAAUGUCUGAAAAGGGAACUUUGGGCAGGCAGAGGAUGACAGCAUGACAAUCACACUCACAGCUAGUUCUUUCUAGGGUAUUCGUGAGCACAUUCCUAACUGGCUGUUUGAAAUUUGGUUUUCCCCUGCUCUAAUGUGGUCCUGAGAGCCUGCCAAGCUCUCAAUCUCUGAAGGGAAUGGAUACAAUUUGGUGACCUGUUUGUUUGUUUGUUUUUUGCUUUUUGGGUCACAUCCAGUGAUGCUCGGGGAUUACUCCUGGCUCUGCACUCAGGAAUUACUCCUGGCGGUGCUUAGGGGAUCAUAAGGGAUGCCGGGGAUUGAACUUGGGUCAGCCGAGUGCAAGGCAAAUGCCCUACCCUCUGUAGUAUUGCUAUAGCCCCCUGUUGUAUAAUUCUUAGUAGCCAAAUUUAAUACAAAAUUUAAUUUUUUUGGGGGGUGGGGGGGACCACACCAGUGGAGCUCUGGUAGUUCCCGCCUCUGCACUCAGGAAUUACUCCCUUGAGUGGGGGGAUCUGGGAUCAAACCCAGGUUGGCUGUUUGCAUGGCAAGUACCCUACCUGCUGUACUACCUCUUCAGUUCCUAAUGUGAAAUUUUAAACCUGGGGGCAAAAAUUUAACAUUUUGCAUGAGGUCUGGCCCUUUUCAGCUACUAAAACAUGAUUCUCAGAAGGCUUGUGCAAGCAAUGAUAAGGCUCCAGUUACCUGGUUUAGUCAGAAUUUUCCCGUUUCUGACUGUCACUGUCUGCACCUGGGUAUCCUGCGAUGCUCAGGCUAUGGCAGCCCCCAUUGCCACUUGGGUCAGUCACUGACGGGCCGUGUCUCCCUGGUACCAAUCCUCAUCAUCAAGCUUCAGACACUCAACAGUUUUGCUAGAGAACUAUCAUGAGUCACUCUCUACUUGGCUUCUUCCUGUUCACCCCUGGUGGUGCAUUGGCUCACCAAUGUGCUUCAGGAUUGCUGGACUCGCUAACACAAGUUUAUCUCAAAAGAAAGUAAUUUUUUUCCCUAGCCAUUUUGCCUGCCCUCACAGCAACUUCAGCCCUUUUCUCUCCCUUUGGUGGGAUUCCUCAGCAUGAGGGCUGUAGUUCUCACUUAACGUCUGGGCCACACUGCCAAAAAAGAAGCAUACCUGUCCCCAGGCAUCUGGAAAGGGGUCAGCCCACUCUCCUCCAAAAUCCACUUCCUCCUCCUGAUUAGAAGCAGUUGUUCCUGAUCUGCCAGCUGACCCUCUUUGAAAGGUGAUGAGAGCUACUGAAUGGACUUGGAUCAGAUUUCAUCAACACAGUUAAACCAGAAACAAGUUUAUUGAAGAGAAAAAUUCAACACAGACUACUGUAAAAUGUCUUCCCACUGUGAUAAUACACACAGGGGCCUACGAUCAGAUCUAUACAUCUAAGAAAAAGGCAGGCCUGUCGGCUGUGUUGUACGUGUGCAAAUGUUAUUCCAAAAGGAAAGAGAAACAACUGUGAUGACCGUAACUGCUGACCAGAAUGCAGAGAGGUAAUGUCUAGAAUCAGAAACACAUUUUGGGACAGAUGAAAGGCAAAUGAGAUUUGUUCUUCCUGUGACCAGAGCAUCAGUAUUCAGUGACUAGGGCAACAAAACAAGGACAAAAAAGGAAAGAGAGUACACAAAGUCCAAACUGCUCACAUGAAUACAGGUAGACAGCACCGGGGUGCUGUCAGCAGCAGCCCAGCAGAAUCUGUGUUCCACGUAACACCUGCUCCACACUUUUCCAGCUGACCAACAGGCAUCCCCUACGGCUUGUCUUCUUUUCUUGGCGAUCACUGCUGGUGUUGCUCUACUGUCUGGAGUGAACACAGGGUGCUGUGCUCUGUCCUGAGGCCUGAGGUCAUCCUGCCAGCAGGCAGGGCCUGACCAUCCCAUACAAGGCAGUUCCUGCAGGCCUUGUACUGAGGGAGCAGGACAGGACAGGAGGAAAUUGGGCUGGAAGACCUGAGUCUAUCGAAGGACGGCGUACCACUGCUCCAGAGCUGAGGUGAGCGAAGCUGGACUAACCAGUGAGGUCCGGUUAAUACUGUUCCAGUAUCUCCAUAGGAAAAGGGUUGAACAUGCAGAACAUCCCAGGGCAGCCCACGGGGGAGUGAAGAGAAUCCCAAUCCUUCUGACAGAGGUUAGCAGACGUGGGCAUGAAAUCUUUCAGACUUGCUAAUUUGUAAUAUUAACGGAAAGAAAGCGGCAUUUCAUUUGUUCCUUAAAAUACAUCUCAGUAUAAGGCUUUCCCCACUUAGCUACACAGUGCAAUUCCAGAAAACUUAAGGCCAGCCAUGGAUCAAAAUUAGACUCAGUCAAUUAUUUCUUCUCAAUGCUGAACGGUCUUCUCUAGUUUACAAGCUAGCGGGAUCCAUAGGUCCAUAAAGCUGGUAGAUUUGUUCCUCUUUCUCUUCUCUCACUACCUUUACACAUAAUUUUCUAAAUGUACAUUAUCUUAUAAAGCCUUGAUAGAAUGUUAUUUUUCAACAUCCAAAGUCGCUACUGAGGCAGCCUCUUUAUGCAGCUACUGAAAGGAAAUGAAAGGCAAGCAAUGAAAGAAGGACAAACAAAUGGUGGGCAGUGAUGAGAGUCUUUGGCAGGAUGCAGUGCUGGUCUGGGUGGCAGCACUUCGGUCCCCGAGUGAAACCAGAGCCACUGAGGCAGGAGGUCACAUCCCCCAGGCUCUCCUUCCCGCUGUCCUUUUUUUAUUGUAAAUAAGCCGUUCAGAAGCACCGCCCGAAGUACUCCUCCUGCACCCUUCUUCCGGCCUAUAGAACCAUGGCUUCCCACACUUGAGUGACCUUCUCUUGGUUGACUGUGUUGAGGAUGAUGUGACUCUGAUCGUACUGUGUACCCCCUGAAAGAAAGAAAAGGGAUCAGAGGAAGCUUGUGUGGGCAGAGGAGGGGUGGGGGAACACAGCUGACCACAGUCCCAGGAUAAUUGGAGGCAGCAAGCUGGGCCAUGCACCUCACGGAAACAGCUGGGAGAAGCCCCAGCAUGCACCCAUGGGCUUGGGGGCUCUAGUUGUGCUGGGGAAAGUGUGUGGAAAUCCCUUCAGAUAGAUCCCAUCUCACACACACACACACACACACACACACACACAGUGUCCUGGGGCUCCUUUCCUACACAGGUAUGCCAAGCUAGACAAGAUAUGCUUCUUAAAGUCCCAGGAAGUGUGUGAAAAUCCCUUCAGAUUAACCCCCCUCAUCCCCCACUACACACACACACACACACACACACACACACACACACACACACACACAUGUGAGCGGCAUCCUGGGGCUCCUUUCCCUGCAUGCAGGCAUGCCAGGCUAGACAGGCUAUGCUGUGUGAAGUCCCAGGAGGAAAGCAGGUAGGCCUGAGCGGGGUGGGAUGGGUGUAUGCAGGAGCGGGUUUUGCAUGGAAACAAACAGGUUGAUCAGUCAGAGGCAGCUGCAUGAGACCAUUGUGCGUAAGUCUUCAACGAAAGUGGUGGGUGUCACCAGCAGCAGACCUGCUGUCCCUUCCUCAGGGACACCACGCCACACCGGGAUUCUCGGAAACCUCUCCUUCAGCCACAGGUCUUCCUUUGUUACUCAAGAAAUUAAUUUAUUUUUUUAAGAUCAGAGUAAUUUGAUGUACUUCUUGUGGGUUAUUAUCAUUUUAAUUGGGAAGCCUAAAAGUUGUUAAAUAAUCUGCCUUUGAGAAGAAUUAAAAUGUAUAGUUUUCAGGGGGGUUGGGGAUCACAGGCAGAGAUGCUCAAGGAGAGGGUUAGGGAUUGAACCCGAGCCUCCUGCAUGCAGACUACGUGCACAAGCCCUCUGAGCCCACCAGCUCACUAGACUGCUGGUGUUUCCAAAGUGAGUGUGAAUCAGCUUCCACCGCUGCCAUGGAGGCUGGAAUAAUGCAGGGAUGUCCCCAAGAACUCACCUCCCAAAUACUGAGAAGGCACAGGGUCUAAUCAAUCUUACAGAGAUACUAGCAUGUAACAAAUGGUUUGAUGAGGCAGCUAAUAAAUAUCAGCGUUUAUUAAGGGCCACAGAGAACAUGUCUGUAUUUCCCUUGUAGGGUAUCACUGUAUCACUGUCAUGCCGUUGUUCGUCGAUUUACUCAAGUGGGCACCAGUAGCAUUUCUAUUCCUCCCAGCACUGAGAUUUUAGCAGCCUCUCCUUACUCGUCAUUUCCAAUGAUUGGAGGCUCAUUCAGGGUCAGGGGAAUGAGACCUAUCGUUACUGUUUUGGGCAUAUCUAAUACGUCACGGGUAGCUUGCCAGGCUCUGCCUGUGCGGGCAGGAAACUCUUGGUAGCUUGCAGGGCUCUCCAAGAAGUAAUUGUAGGGUAUGUGAGGUAUAUAGCUUUACUCUCCAUGUCCACAAGAUGGCAUCAUUCUACCACAUUCUGAGACAUUUACAUUUCGCUCUCUUAUUCUAAAUGUCCACAUGUAUACUUAACUCAUGAGCCAUUGAACUACUUCGGAAUGCAUUUUAGGAAGAGAUGUUGGAGAUUUGAGGUGAAGCCUCAGGAGGAAUGCCCUAGGAUCUCAGAGUUCUAGUCAUGCCGGGAAGUCUGCUAUCCUUAAACCCAGUCAAGUGUUAACAAGGAAGAAUCCCUGUGUAACCAAGAGCUUCUAGAAUAGAAGGCCUAUGAAACCAAAAUAGUUUCUUACACAUCCGUCCCCUCACCUCUGCGAGUUUGGCACCUUAGCAUCCAGUGCAGAGCCAGCCCGAGUGAAUACCCAGCAGAUACAGGCUGUGGGAAGGCAGAGAUGCUCCCACAGUGGCUUUCAUCCUGGACACAAGCCAACUAGCACUGUAAGAAACACAUUCGUGUUUCCCCCCAAAUCCAGAAUAUUUCCAACUUAGUCACUUUUUAAGCUUUUGUAGAAAAUUGGAAAGCUAGCCUUCCCAGGCAGGGCAAGCUGAGUUCAACAAGUCGGUCCAAAUCAUAAAGGAUGGGGAAAUAGCUCAAUGGGCGGGCACAUGUGCUUUGCAUGCCAGAUGCCUGCUUGAAUCCCUGGCACUGUAUGACCCUACCAAGUACCACUGGGAAUGACCUCCAAAUCACACAUACUAAAAAAAAAAAAUCUGAAAAGUAUGAAUAAAGGUCAGUGAUUCUUAACCAGUUUGACCUCAAGCUGAUGUGUGUUAAAUGGGUAUGUUUAUCUGUCUACAUACUGGUAAAUCUUUUGUGAGAAUAAGUAUACCAAAUAUAAUAUGAAGAAGGAAGCCUCUGUUGCUCUUCAUAUUUGGAUGCUGCAUUCAUUUCCUUCAAAGGCCCCCAACUGACAUUUCCUAUUAUUUCUGGUCCCCAUUCUGCUUGGAGUUACACGUUAGUCUGUGCUCCCUAAAUUUGUGUGUUCUUUGUCCCCCUAAACUUCUUCAGUUUGUCCCUGAACACCUUUUCAGUCACUUGGGUUCUCUAGAAAUGUUCAUUAAUCCCAUUGCUAAGUGAGGUUGGCCACUCUAUACCCAGAAUCACCAAGAAGCCUCAGAGCAAGUUCCCUCCCCCUGCCGUCAUCAAAGCUCUGUGGAAAUAUUUGCCAUUAUGGAGAAAGAGUGUUUUAAAAUCAGGCUGCAGUUGUUCCUUGACCCUUAUACCUUAAUUUCUGAAAAUAGCUUUAGCCAAGAGCACUGAUUAAUGCUGACCUGACUUUCUAGCAAUGAUUUAAAAUAGAACAUGUAUGGUUAGUAAUACUGUUAAAACUAGCUCACCAGAUUUAUCAAAAUAAUUAUGCUUGCUUUCAUGGUAGGGAAGAGAAAAGUUUCUUCCAAUAAUCUAAAGCAAAAUUAUGUCAUGAGUUGAAAAAAAAUCUUCAUUGGUUUCUCAACAGGAACAACAGUUUACUGAGUUCAAACAUCUAGGUCGAGUGAGAUUUAUUGCCUUUUAUUUUGUAUUUUAGAUUACACCCAGCAGUGCUCGGGAGGCCAUGUGGUGCUGGCCCAGGACCCCUACAUGCAAAGCAUGUACACUCCAGCCCCCUGACUGGCCUUUCUCCCUGGCCCCUUGUUCUUAACUUUUAUUUUUUUUUUUUAUUUUGCUUUUUGGGUCAUACCUGGCAAUGCUCAGGGGUUACUGCUGGCUUUGCACUCAGGAAUUACUCCUGGCAGUGCUUGGGGAACCAUAUGGGAUGCUGGGAAUCGAAACUGGGUCAGCCACGUGCAAGGCCUCAGACUUUAGAGCUGUAAAAGGGGGCAGGAAGAGAGAACACUGUCUUCUUGAAGUGUCUGUGAAGUCUACUUGGGCUGUUAGCACACAGGCUAGCCUGGAGCGUGGGAAGGCUCACUUACCGUAACAGUACAUGCAAAAGUAAGGAAUCAAUUUCUGGCUAACCAAAGAAAGAUAAAAUACAAAGCAAAUGACUUACCUUUGAUAUCUAAAACUAAAUUAGGCUUCAUCUUGCUAUAGAUUCUGCCAUCGGACUUCAUACUCCAAAACUGACUGUCGGCAUUCUGGUCGAGGGCCAGGCCCAGCUUUGAGCCCGAGGUGACGAGGCUCCCCACAAUCGUCAGGCAGCAGUCUUCUGCUAUCUGCUCGGUGGGAGAGACAAACACCUCAGUGCUGGAGAUGCAGGUAGGGACCACUGUAACCAAUUCCCUGAUCUUUUCUAACUUCAUGUGCCACACAUGAGGGGUUUAAUAGUCAACCAAGAUGAGUGCACUCAAACAACAGUACCUACACCCUUUAUUUCAGAGGACAUGCGUGAUGGAGCUUUCUCAGUUACUGCCCCUCAAAAGUAACUUUUGCUUAGGAGACUCUUCUUUGUCUUACAGGUAGACAAAGCCUUAGACCAUAAAAAUGCCCUCUGUGGAGCCGGAGUAAUAGAACAGCGGGUAGGGCGCUUGCCUUGCAUGCAGCUGACAAAAGUUCAAUCCCCAGUCCCCCCGGGCACCACCAGGAGUAAUUACUGAGUGCAGAGCCAGGAGUAACCCCUGAGCAUCACUGGGUGUAGCCCUAAAACAAAACAAAACAGCCAAAAUCGAACAGAGGGAAAAAACUACCUUGAUUCACUAGAAUGCCCACCGUGAUCCUUUUCCCUCUUAGAAAGCACCUAACCUGAGACCGGGCCAGUAGCUGCAUCCCCGUCACUGCCCCCUCUGUUUAACCCACUCUCCCAUGGUCUGAGCGCAGCUCUAAUUCUGAACGCUGCUCCAGCACAGAAGUGGCUGAAGAUCACUGCACUCAUUGAUUCCUCCCUUUCACUUCCUAAGACGUGUUCCCCAAAGUGCACUACCCAGCUACAGAGGAAGAAAACAAAUGCAGUAUCGCGUGUUUUCAACGUAGAUUUUAUGGCAGUAAAUCAACCCUUAGCGUGUCAACAAUGGAAUCAGAGUUUUCAGGACAUGUUAGCACAUAUUCAUUACAGAAAAUGCUCACGGAGGCAGGUAGGACUGCGCACGCCUUGCCCCCUGGGUUGCAUUCCCAGCAACACGUGCCCUGAGCACCACCAGGUGUAGCUCUGAUUCUUUUCUAUUGAGAUGAAAGGAUGGUGAUCAUCUAUGACGCUUUCUUAGGGACCUAUUCAAAGUUGCUAAAUAGCACCACUAAAGAGAGAGAGAGUGUAUGUGUGUGUAUAAAAAACCAAAGAGUGUGUGUGUGUGUGUGUGUGUGUGUGUGUGUGUGUGUGUGU